CCACAAAACAACCACCUAUCAGGGGAGGCGGUGCGCGUGCAAGAGGAAAGGCGUGAAGGGAAUGUAGAGCGCCCGCCUGUCGCGGAGGAGGGCGACGUCGAAUGCUCGCGGCUGAACCAGAAUGGCGGCGCUGAUCGCUCGCAGCUUCUUGCCUCGCUCCCUCUGCGUCCUCCCCCUGUCAAGGCGUGCCUAUCGCGGGGAUUCGCCGUCGGACUCUGGCCGGGACUUGCUGGAGAUUCCGCUGCCGCCCUGGCAGCCGCGGCCCCACGAGCCCGUGGAGACCAAGCGCGCCAGGCUGUUGUAUGAGAGUCGCAAGAGGGGCAUGCUGGAGAACUGCCUUCUGCUCAGUUUCUUUGCUAAACAAAAUCUGGCUCAAAUGAAUGAACGACAGCUGGACCUUUAUGACCGCCUGAUUAAUGAGCCUAGUAAUGACUGGGAUAUCUACUACUGGGCAACAGAAACAAAGCCGGCUCCAGAAAUCUUUCAGAAUGAAGUCAUGGAGAUGCUUAGGGAGUUUACCAGAAACAAGAACAGAGAGCAAAGACUGCAACAACCAGACUUGGAGUAUGUGUUUGAAGCUCCACACUAAUCCUGUGUGGCAUUCUUCAGAAGUCUGAUUCUGGACACUGAAACAUAAAACCAUACAUGUUGGAGA